CCUUCUUCCAUUCCGCAUGAAAGCUAUAAAAAGCGCGCCGCUUUUGACGGCUUGAUUGAUCUUCACUUCUUUUCUAUUAUCCUCUGCCAGCUUUAGCAAACUCUUUCCAAUUUCACGUCAUCAUCAUGGUUAGUCGCGGAUCGAACGCAGCAGUACAAUGGGUCUACAGUGCCGGAUCAAACUGGACACCCUUGGAUCAAUAUACGCAACAGUCCAUUGAAGCAUUAUGGUCGCAAAACGGUUGCUCCUGGAUCCACAACUGCCCAUCAUUUGGUGGAAAACCAGUCUUUGUCGAUGCAACUGAAUUGACUAUCACGUACAGCGGAUAUGCCUAUACAAUCGCUCGGCGGUACGAAAAGCAGCGAACAUAUCGUUGUUAGGACCCAUCCUUUAUCAUCUACACACACAAUAGCAUACACACUGAACAUCGCGACCAGCAGCAAUUCAACGUACAUCUUGUACACAGCAGCACUUCCAACAUCUUCACGCUUUUCAACUAUGCACACACUCUCUUCCCAAUGUAGUUACACUUCUUUGCUUUUUCGUUCAUCAUCCUUGAAUUACUAUUUCCUACUACGCCUAGUACCUACUUCAUUUACCCUAUGAUCCCUCAUCAUUAUUGUCCUUCUCUAUUUCCUCAUUUACUUGUAUUUCAAUUGUUCUAUGAUAUAUACAAUUCACAUAUAUGCACUUUUGGUUCUUAUUUCCUCCUUUGUUAUUUCGCACCUGAAAGUAGAACCUAUCCAUCACUACAUAAAUAAAACAUCUGGCAUGUUGCAACAUCAUCUACAUAUUAUGUGGCUAUAUACGCAUUGUUUCUGCUGCUAAUGUGCACAGCUAUCAUCAAGGUCUGUGACAAAGCGAGGCUUGACAGGAGGGAAAAGUUAUUCAAUUCAAUUGUUUGGUUGUUGCCAGGAUGUGUAAU